UGUCCUCUCUAAACUGUAACAUUGUGUGACACUGUCUCUACAAUUUUUAGCGGUUUCUAUUAUCGUAUAUAUUGUUUUCUGAUUUUUGAGAUAAAGUUGUUAAAGUAUGGAUGAAGCAAUAUUAUUUCCUUCUCCAAAUUGGUUCCAAGUAUCAGGUUUAGCUGUGACUAAUGAUGAUUGGCUAGUUUAUGGAGGUCCUACCAAGAGUCUUUGUGUUUUGGAGCCAUUGCCGGCAAGCACUGGUUUGUUUGAAGGAAAUCGGAGUUAUAAAGCACACGUAUUGAACCGGGCGCAUUUAGACAAAAUUGUUAGUGUAGAUAUAUCACCUGAAUGGCCAUUAAAGCGAGCAUUACUGACAGGCAGUGCAGACGGUUCAGUUAAGCAAUGGACAAUACAACAGGUAGAAAAUAAAUCACAAAUCAAAUCUACACACAGCCAUGAAGUACAUGUACUUGAGAAAGAGGAAGUUUCUGGAGUGGGUUACAGUACAAAGACCAUUGCAGUAUCAGUUGGUUGUUAUGGGAAUUUAAUCAAAUGGGAUCUAAACUCCAACGUUGUGAGAACAUGUAACCUACUGAAAAACAUGAAACCAGUUUGCAUGGCAUGUUCUCCUCAUAUACCUUUACAAGUGGCUAUUGGAACAAAACAAGGAGUUGUUUAUGUUGUUGAUUUGAAUGAUCCAUUUAAAUUGGUAUACAAAGUGCGUGGUCAGGAUGACGAAAUUAUUAAUCUAAGCUGGUGCCCACGGUUUGAAGUGGUUGUUAAGAAAACACUAAAAGAGUUAGAUAAAAAGGUUAGUGCAACAGAAAGAAUGAAUAAAAUAAGAAGUGAAGCUGAAAAGAGUGAUGGAUCAGAGGAAUUGGAAGCAAAGGGUCAACGGGAGAAGUUAGAGGAAUCUGGAGUCAUAAAGAAUUUGCCUGAGGAUAGCUUUGAUGAAUCCAUAGUUGUGGAAGAUGACCCAUUUGAUAUUUACAAAGAUCAUGAAGCUGAUGAGUUUGGUCACAAAAAGUAUGUACCUGAGGAGAUAAUGGUAAAAAUUAAGAAAGAAGAAAAACCUCUGGAUUACUUAGAAGAAUGCAUGAAACUUAAAGAUCAAAUAUUAAAAAUGAAAAAUCAGCCUGAUGAGACUAUAGAAUCAUUAGUGCAAGCAUUAGAUAGAACCCAUGUUGAUAGUGAAAAGAAUGGUGAUGAAGCAUCUAGUAGCAGUAAUGAAAUACCUUUAGUACCAGAUGCUGAAUCUACUCAUAUACAUAAGCAUCUUUUAGCUACAGUUGGAAAAUAUGGUGGUGUAAGAAUAUGGUCUAAAACAGGUAAACUUGUGGGAUCCUGUGGUGUGCCUUCAGUUAAUACCAAGAACCCAAGAAACAAAUCACCCCCCUGGGCAACAUUACUGUGGCUCAAAUCUGACCUAUUACUUAUAGGGGAUGCAAGGAGUCAGUUGUUGGAAUGUAAUCCUUUGAAAAUCGACUGCAAAAACAAAUUACAGUGGCAAAUUGUCCACACUCUGCACAAACGUGGCUUAUCCUGCAUAGCAUCGUCGGCGCCACGGGUGCAGUCUGAUGAUUUGUCUCUAGAGGAUCAUCCAGUGUGGACCAUAUCACAGGACCGUACCUUAGUCUGUUACUCGCUGGCCACGCGGCAAAAGAUUGCUAAACAUGCCAGCUGUGGUGGCUUCCUUUACACGGUACAGCCGUGCCCAUAUGACGCUGGCAAAAUCGCUGUAAGUGUCGGUGAUGGCGCGGUUCGCGUCUGGGAGACCAGCGUGUCCGAUGAGAAUGGAUCACAGCUGAACAUUGGUAAUGUGAACAGCUACUGGCAGAAUGUGCAGGGGAAAGUGUUGACGGUCGCAUGGCAUCCUGUCAGAGAAAAUCUACUUGCGUUUUCAACUGGUGAAUCAAGGGUCGGUUUGAUUGAUACAAGUAGAACAGAAAAGCCGGCUCGGGUGCUACUACCGGCUUUGAACGGCGGCAUAUACUCUCUGUACUGGGGCGAGGAGAACAAUUUAUACGCAUGUGGAGGCGGUGAUUUGGUUGUUUACAACACAAGCAAACCUGACGAAGCACCGUCGGCGGUGGCCGUGUCGGUGGAGGGGCAGCGCUGGGAGGUGUGCGUGGCGCGGUGGCAGCCGCGCGCGCUGCUGGUGGGCAGCUGCGCCGGCGCAGUCGCGGCGCUUACACCGCACCACCCGCAUACACUCCUCGCCGCCACUUUUAUCUUCAGCAAAAUGAUCUACGCUAUUGAUUGGCACCCGCUCGAAACAUCAAAUUCGACUGAAGAAUCUCCAUUCAAGAAUCUCAUUGCUGUGUGUUCACAGGAGAAACAAGGUUCCAUUGUUAUACUGGAAUAUUGCAACAAAGAAGAUGGCAGCCAUCAAUUUCAAACUUGGAAAACAUUAGUGGGUCACAGCGGUCAAGCACUGCAUGUUUCAUGGAAUCCACACCAUGAUGGCCAGUUGCUAACCACCUCUCAAGACAGCACAGUUAGAAUAUGGAAUGUAUCAGAAGGUGUAUGCAUAUCAAUAUUCGGCGGUCACGCGAGUCCCGCAUUGUCUGCCGCGUGGUGCGCGUACCCGCAACUCGCCACUAAAGUCAUCUCCGGCGGCGGGGACUGUUGUCUGCGGGUAUGGGACAUCAACGACCAUCCUGCCGACUCUUACAUUGAAAUUAAACAAGAAGUGGCAACAAAGCGAGAUAAGAAGAAAAAAGAGAAGAAGGAACCAAAAGAUUUGGACGAGGAGGAGACGGAUAAAAAGGUGGCAGCCACUAAUGACGGAAAAUUAAAGGUGUCCAAGAAAUUUUUACUACCAUUAUUGAACAAACAAAUAACGAAUUGUAACAUACAAGGCGCAAGGAAGCUACUGAAUAAAUAUCUUCACAAGAAUUCUAUUACCAGUGAUAAUUCACAAACCAACGGUUGUGAGGAUGUUGAUACGGAUUUCAUUAAAAUGUUCGGCAAUAUAAAUGAAGUCAAUGAAGUUUUGGAUAAAGAAUUGGAAAGACAUCUUACGGCACACAGCGUGGAGUCGUGGAUAAUGUUGAGUAUAUUUCGUGGGCAUAUUGACAGCGUCAUACGGUUCGCAAGCGAGCGCGACCUCCUCUGCACGUUUCUGCUAAGCGUCGCUCCUUGUGUCUCUUUGAAAUAUUGGAAGGAUACGACACAGCUGUAUUUAGCACAAAUUGAUAGACUUAUAGCUAAGAACGAGUCAGAAAAACUAAAUAAUAAUAAAAAUUAUGGUGGCCCGGUGUAUCGUAAAGUGGCCAUAUUGCUCAGCAUACACGACAUAAAAGGUGCUGUCGAUGUGCUCGUAGAGGCACGGCUAUUCAACGAAGCUUAUAUUUUAUGUAGAACGAGAUAUAUGGACAGUAUAGCUGAACAGACGUUGAUACAGUGGGCUCAGUAUUGUGCUUGUAACGGAAUGUAUAACAUGGCUGCCGUUUGUUAUUUAGCUCUUGGAAAUCUGUCACAAGCGGCAACCGUUCUUGGUAAGACUCAGGAUGAAGAGUGGCUCUGUUUAGCGGCGGAGUUGGCUAAAACGGCUGGUCAAAAUACUUUCGCCGACCAUAUAUCAGAGAAACGGGAACAGAUAAAAAAUAAAGUUGUCGCAGUGGACACUGAAGAAGUGUUAGAACAGUUACCAACUAGAUUUGAACUCCUAAUGAAAGAAAAUGGCCAAAAUGGAGAUAAAAUUAAUGAAGAAGAGAAACCGGCCAAUGGUGUUUAAUUUGAUCUCUGUCAGUAUUUUAUUACUUCAUACUGUGCCUCUCGAUAAGUUUGAUAUUGUGAUAUUAAUAGCUAGUAAUGUGGUUAUAAACUAUCAUUUCUUUUAAUCUUUAUUAAAAUAAUACUAGUAAUAAUUCCAAUAAACAGGAAUUAAACAAAAUAAUAGUAAUCUACCCGUGAUAUGGACUUUUCGCAAGAUACAAAUAACUCCUAGUUCAGUAAAAUAUUUAAUCUUGAUUGCAAAGUCAGAAUUUUACUAUUUUUAUCAUUGUGUGCGAUGUAAUUUUAAAUUUAACAUUCUAAUUUUAAAAAAGUUACGUAUUGCUUUACGAUGGCCAUUAGAAUCUGUUUUAUAUCUUUGUUAUGUUUUGCAUCUAUAGGACAGCGAGAUCAGUGUACUAGUGUAUACUGUACUGUACUGUACUGUACUGGCAUCUUGAUGUUAAAUCGGACAAGAAUUGGAGUUAGAUAGAAAAUGUGGGCAUCCCACAAGAAAUGGCUAUUUUCUGCAUAACUAAAUCCUUGUCUUGAUCUUUUACUAUCAAUACAUCUUGUAUUGAUUGAUGUAUUAUUAUUGUCUUAUUAAAUGUGUUUGUACAAUU